GGUGUACCGCAGACAAAAAAAAAGAAAAAAAACAAUCUGAAUCCCCAUCCGCCGCCUUCGUCUCUCUCCGGCGCCUCCGCCACCAAUCUGCCCGGCCGCCGGCGCCGACCCAAUCGCCACCACACCUCCGGUCCCCUCCCCUCCCGUCGCGCAGCGCGGGCGCCUACCUCGGCACAGAACACCCCACCUCCCCGGCUGGCGGUCGGACGCCGCACGGCCCGAUCCGCCGCUCGCCGCCUCGCGGAUGGCGCCGCCGAGCCCGGCCUCCAGGGCCAGCGCCCGGCCCUUGCCCCUCGACGCGCUGUACGAGGUCCUGCUGCGGGUCCCGGCCAAGGACCUCUGCCGCUUCCGCGCCGUCUGCUGGCCGUGGCGCUCCCUCCUCUCCGACCCGCGCUUCGUCGCCGCCCACGCGGCCCGCCACCCCGGACCACUCAUCGUCGCCGCCCGCGACACCGAUCGCUCGGCCGCCGGCCCCAAUGUCGACAUCAGGGACCUCUCUGGGCGCGUCAUUAAGCGGGUUGUCGCGCCGGGGAGCUUCUGGGAAGUGGGGAAUCGCGUGACGACCGCACAGGUCGACGGCGACUGCCUCCUGCUUGGGAACAAAAUGAGCUGCCUGUUGCUGAACCCCAGCACCGGAGCUGUGUCUGAAUUGCCACAAGGAUUCGCAAAAGGACAUUCAGUGCGGGAGUGGCAAAGCUCCAAAUGCAGGCACUUGCUUGCGUUUGGGAAGGUUGCCUCGACAGGGGAGUACAAGGUGCUUCGGCUGCUCCACGCAUAUUACCACUUCGGACAUCAGUGCGAGGUGAUCACCCUCGAUGGCAGCAGCCAUGCUUGGUGGAGAGGAAAGAAUGCCUCUCCAGGUGUUGUUCGCUUCAACCACUGGAGCAGAGUGACCAUUGAUGGGAUCGUGUAUUUCUUGUUGUAUGAGGAUGUCAUGGUCAGAGAGGAAAAUACCAUGCCGGUACGCCUAGCUUCGUUCGACCUUGAGACGGAAGAGUGGAGGGCAAUUCUUCGAGGUCCCUUGAAUCUGAUGACCACUCGUACAACUGAUAUUUCAGUGGCCUCCCUGAAUGGGUGCCUAGUUGUGGUUCAUUAUGCCCAAUGUUCUUUUAUGAACCUAUGGUUUCUGAUGGACUUUGAAGAAGGUUUAUGGGCCAAACAGCACAGCAUACUACUUAACUCUGGACUUCCUGUACAACCAUUGUUCGUGCUAAAUGAUGGGAAGAUAGUCACUUACUGUGAACUUAAGAGAUUGUUGAGAAUUUACGACCCGAAAACCUGCACCUACAUAGAUGUGGCGGAGGUUGGACGUUAUGAAAUUGGUUUGCACACCAGAAACCUAUUGAGCUUGCCUGAUGGUACUGGUGCUCAGUUGGUUAGUUGAAAACUGGAUUCUUUGGUUGAGGUUUAGUUAUUAUCCUACAGAAGCUGGCUUCUCCGUUGCUGUUAAAAUGCUGCACAGCAACUGUUCCAAAUUGCCAAACUUCAACUCGUGCUUCUGUAAAGCACGCAGGCAUCCUGCUGCAGUAGUUCCAUUAUAUACAGCCAAAUAGGUGGUUGCUUGAUUAGCACGCUUAGCCAGUUUAUGAUAGUAGUGAGGUCUUUAUGUGGCUACAGUGAGGAAAGUUGAGGAGCUUUUGCUUUGAUAUGCCUUGGUUCUGGAUGUUUACUUGCUGCAUUCUGUGAUUCUACAGGCUUUGAUGUAACUCUUAUGCAACGUUUGUAAUAGGACGUUAUCAAAGCCCUAACUUUGGAACACCCUUGGAUUUUGUUGCUGUUUGUGCCUGAUUAA